CAAAAUAGUAAUUUUGUCACAUUUCACUUACAAAUAAAGUUUUAAACCACUUCCUGUUAUGUGCGCCUGCGCAGUUGAAACACGUGUAGCCGACAGCAUGGCAGAUGAAGUUGUGUUGGACCGAUCGCAGGUGAAAAAAGCCGUUCAGGCUCUGCAGGCUUUUCUAAAAAGUCAAUCCAAGUCAAACUCGCAGCUUUUGGACGAAGCUCAGAAGAUCAGCGUGCAGUUCACCCUUUGGAAAAUCCCCCGACAGGCUCAGACGAUCCGCAUACCUCUGCCUCACGGCCAGCGGACUGACACGGAUGAGAUCUGCCUCUUCACCAAAGACGAACCCAACAUGACCCCCGAGCAGACCCAGAGGUUCUACAAGAAGCUGCUGGAGGAGAGAGGAGUCAAAGGCAUAUCAGAGGUUAUUCCCUACAAGAUGCUGAAAGCAGAAUAUAAACCGUUUGAAGCCAAGCGCCGCCUCCUGGGGAACUUCGACGUGUUCCUCUCCGAUGACCGAAUCCGCCGCCUGCUGCCGUCCCAGCUCGGUAAAGAGUUUUACAAGAGAAAGAGAGAGCCUCUCUGCGUGGACCUGCAGAGCAAACAUCUGGCCAGAGACGUGCAGAGACUCAUCCAGGGAACCAAGCUGAACGUGACCAACAAAGGCUCCUGCUGUUUGACGCACGUGGGGCAUUCCAGCAUGACCGCGGACGAGGUGACGGAAAACGUCCAAGCCGCCUUCCAGACAGUCCUGGAAAAAAUCCGGAUGAAAGGUCCGAUAAUCAAAGCGGUCCAUUUAAAGAGUUUGGCCUCCGUCGCUCUGCCCGUCUACUGCUCAAACCUGAAGCACCUCAGCGUUCUCGACGCCAUCCAGACGGAGAAAGCUGCUGCCAAAAGGCUGACAAAGACCAAACAGAGUAAAAAAAGCAAAAAGCAGACAAACACUACAGCAAAAAGGAAAGAAGAGGAAGAGGAGGAAGAAAUCCCGCAGCUGGUUCCCAUAGAAACGCCAACCAAAAAGCCCAAACUGGAGAAGCCAAUCAAGAAGAAUCCGCCGCAGAAAACGCCCAAACCUGCCGUGAAGAAAGCAGCUAAAGCUCCCGGAAAACGGAUGAAGAGGACGGGGAAGAUGGAGUCCAAAGGGAGAAGAAAAGUGCAGAAAACAAAGUGAUUCUCAGAACGGACAUUCAGUGCUUCCUUCACCGCUCAAAUUUAUUUGUAGAAAAGUUUGUUUCCUCCAGAAAACCCAUAAAGUCUGUCAUCUGACGUG